ACAUGACAUCGUGGAGCAAACGGAAAGAUUGCAAGCAUCGAACAAGAUCAUUUCUCUGACUUUAAAAAGCGAGCGUACAGUAGAUCAGACAGAAAGCCUGGGAAGUCAGGAUCUAACAUAUAUCAUAUCUUAUAAAUACAUUCUUCAAGUCCUGCAGAUCUAAUUCCACUGCAAAAUGCAAGCUGUGGGUAAGUGUUCAGUGUGUGCUGGUCGUGCUGCCGGAGGACUUCUGCGAAAUCAGACAGACUUUUCACUGCUGCGGAGCAACAAGAGUGUGCUCAGGAAAGGAACCGCCUGCAUCCGUUUCCUAAGCAGUUCAAAGAGUGACCUGUUUAGCGGCAUGAAGCCUGGAGUCCAGAAGUUUGGGGAACAGACAGAUUCUGCACACAUGAGCAUAGCACCUUUCAGUGUUGGCUGUGUGCUUGAUGCUAUCCCUUCCACACAGGAAAUGGAAAACCUCUCUCAUGACUCUCUGAUCAGAAGAGCAGCCUCCAUGGUGACAGACAGUUCAAGUACCUUCCUCUCCCAGACCUCCUUGGCUCUCAUAAACGCCAUUAAGGAUUACUCAAAGGCUUUGCACACACGCAUUGCUCUCCAAAGACGGUAUUUAGUCUCACUGGGUAAACUGACCCCAGCAGAGAAGGAUUCGUUCCUGGAGGUUAUCAACGGCCAGCGUGCAGAGGUUAGUGACAGACUACGUGAAUGCAAACGCUUUGAGUCAACCUGGAUCAAUGCUAUCAACGUGUGUAUAAUGGCAGCUGAGGCAGCAAACAUUUCAGGAGCCGAACAGGCAUCCAUCACAGUGAGGACAAACAUUCAGAUGGCCCAGUCGCAGGUGGGGGAAGCUCGGAAAUUGUCAGCGGCUGCAGAUAAGAUGUUGGCCGAGACAAAAGUAGAAGAGAUCCAAAGGAUGGCGGAAUAUGCUUCAUUUCUAGACAACAGCGAGGAGCAUGAGGUGCAGGAAGCUUAUCUACGAGAGGACUAAGACAAAGAGACAGAGACAUUGGAACAACAGCAUCAAAUAUUUACAUGCUUUAACCAGGGCUGCACAAUUAAUUGAAUCUUAAUCGCGAUCAAGAAUUUGGCUUUCCACAAUUAUAUAUUUGACUGCGAUAUUGGUGUUUAAAAUGUGUGCUCCGCUCAUAGAAAACCUCAGUUUUUCUGCCAGAGCCCCAGGAAGUGGGCUGAGCUUUGAAGCCUAUUUGACAUAGUGGCCAAACUGUGGAAUUACAACUUCCAUGUCCACCAGGUGAUGCCAUGGGGCCCAAAAAGAUUUUCCCCUUAGAUUUUACAUUGGGAAAGGGAUGUCCAAAUCUGUGGAAACACGUUUCACUAUCAGGUUUGGAUCCAUUUCGAUAACUUUUGGAAAGUCUAGAAUAGCCGCACGAUUAAAUUGUUUAAUCAUCCCUCUGUAUGGUUUACGCUCACUGUAUAAAGAAGCCUAGCAGUUGGUGGCAGCUUAAUCUUGGCAGAACAAUACGGGGAAUUUCAGCCUGCAUGCAUGUUUUUGUUGAUUUAACAUUGGCGCAAAUAUUAGUAGUAAGAGCGUCAAGUUAGCUGACUGACGAGUUGUCACUGUUGUGUGUUUUUUUUGUACAUUUGUACAUUAUCAUAAAUGUAGCACACCAUGGAAGUGAAAGUGAUUUUGGCCAUAAUCGUGCAGCCCUACUUUCACCUUUUGAAAGCUAUGAGUUUUCUGUUUUGAUUUCUCUAUUAUGUUUCUCUUCCUCUUUUUCUCUUGUUGAGCCUGUACGAUAUUUACAUGUUUGCAUUUACAAAGAAAAUCUCAAUUUGAAAAAAGGAAUGAAUAGCUAGCAAUUUGUAAUUCUUCCAUGUUAAUGUAUAAAGUUGUUUACUGCA